GCCACCCUCGGAGCGCGGCCGGCCAUGGACGCCGGCGAGUUGGGGCGGAGCGGGCGGGUGUGACCGCGCCGGGGCCCGGAGCCCGGAGCCCGCGCCGCGGGGCAGCCCGGGGGGGGGUGGGUCCCUGUCCCCAGCCCCGCUCUGCGUGGAAGGAGAGGGCGGGGACCGGCGCCGGGAGGAGCCGAGGGGCUCGACUCGAGCAACUUGCGGCGGGCAUCUCCGAGGAUCCGAGCCCGAGGCGGCCCGGAACCCGACCGCCGCCGCCGCCGCGCCGGCCGCACCCGCCCCACCCACCGCACCGCUCCGCACCGCACCCCGGCCGCCGGCCACGGCGGACCCGGGUCCUCCCAGCGCCCGCCGGCCGCCGGCGCUCCGUCCUCGUCCCCCCGGCCGGUCUCCGGAGCGCGGGGAGCGCCCUCCCCGCCGCCCCUCUCGCCGGACCCCCGGACCCCGAUGGCUCGGAUGGGGCUCGCGGGCGCCGCUGGACGCUGGUGGGGACUCGCCCUGGGCUUGGCCGCCUUCUUCCUCCCAGGCGCCCACUCGCAGGUGGUUCAGGUGAACGACUCCAUGUACGGCUUCAUCGGCACCGACGUGGUGCUGCAUUGCAGCUUUGCCAACCCCCUGCCAGCGGUGAAGAUCACCCAGGUCACGUGGCAGAAAGCCACCAACGGCUCCAAGCAGAACGUGGCCAUCUUUAACCCCGCCAUGGGCGUCUCCGUGCUGCCCCCCUACCGUGAGCGGGUGACGUUCCUGCGGCCCUCCUUCAUCGACGGCACCAUCCGCCUCUCCCGCCUGGAGCUGGAGGAUGAGGGCGUCUACAUCUGCGAGUUUGCCACCUUCCCGACGGGCAACCGGGAGAGCCAGCUCAAUCUCACCGUGAUGGCCAAACCUACCAACUGGAUCGAAGGCACCCAGGCGGUGCUUCGAGCCCGGAAGGGGCAGGAUGACAAGGUCCUGGUGGCCACCUGCACCUCAGCCAAUGGGAAGCCUCCCAGCGUGGUGUCCUGGGAAACCCGGCUAAAGGGUGAGGCCGAGUACCAGGAGAUCCGGAACCCCAAUGGCACAGUGACGGUCAUCAGCCGGUACCGCCUCGUACCCAGCCGGGAAGCCCACCGGCAGUCCCUGGCCUGCAUUGUCAACUACCACCUGGACCGCUUCAAGGAGAGCCUCACUCUCAACGUGCAGUACGAGCCUGAGGUGACCAUCGCGGGGUUCGAUGGCAACUGGUACCUGCAGCGGACAGAUGUGAAGCUCACUUGCAAAGCUGACGCUAACCCCCCAGCCACCGAGUACCACUGGACCACGCUGAACGGCUCCCUCCCUAAGGGUGUGGAGGCCCAGAACAGAACCCUCUUCUUCAGGGGACCCAUCAACUACAGUCUGGCCGGGACUUACAUCUGUGAGGCCACCAACCCCAUCGGCACCCGCUCGGGCCAGGUGGAAGUCAAUAUCACAGAAUUCCCCUACACCCAAUCUCCCCCCGAGCACGGGCUGCGUGCGGGCCCGGUGCCCACGGCCAUCAUUGGGGGCGUGGCGGGGAGCGUCCUCUUGGUGCUGAUCGUGGUCGGCGGGAUCGUGGCGGCCCUGCGCCGGCGCCGGCACACCUUCAAGGGGGACUACAGCACCAAGAAGCACGUGUACGGCAACGGCUACAGCAAGGCGGGCAUCCCCCAGCACCACCCGCCCAUGGCCCAGAACCUGCAGUACCCGGACGACUCCGACGACGAGAAGAAGGCGGGCCCGCUGGGGGGGAGCAGCUACGAGGAGGAGGACGAGGAGGAGGGCGGCGGAGGCGGGGGGGAGCGCAAGGCGGGCGCCCCCCACCCCAAGUACGACGAGGACGCCAAGCGGCCCUACUUCACGGUGGACGAAGCCGAGGCCCGUCAGGACGGCUACGGGGAGCGGACUCUGGGCUACCAGUACGACCCGGAGCAGCUGGACUUGGCCGAGAACAUGGUUUCUCAGAACGACGGGUCUUUCAUUUCUAAGAAGGAGUGGUACGUGUAGCCCCUCUGGCGGGGCCUCUGUCUGUGCCCACUGCCCCCCGCCCCACCCCGCACGCCCCCUGCCCACACCCCCCGUCCUGCCCGCUCCCCCAGGAGCGCCACAGAGACUCCAAAGCCAGCCCCCCAGCUCCUGGGGAGCCAGGGAGCCCGGGGCACACCCGCCUUGGCUUUGCUUUUUCUUUCCUCCCUCUCCCGGCCCUUCCCUGUGGUGUUGUGUUCCACUGUGGCUUUCGUGUUGCUGUAUCUUUCCUUUAACACCCCCACCCGCUGCCCACUGUGUAGGGAGCCCCCUCCCCCCAGUUCUUGUCUUGUGUACCUGGGCCUCCCUCCGGGAUGUGGGGAGCCCGCCCUCCCCCCACCCCCUAACACUGGAAAUUUGUUUGUGUUCUCUUCGUGGGGGGCGGGGGGCGAAAGGGGCUCCCAGAGGAGGAGCCUCACGCACCCUCACCCCGAGAUGCUGCUCCUCUUUCCAGAGAGAAGGACCCCAAUACCCCACCAUCAGCUGACACAGCCGGGGCGUUGGGAUCCUGGUCUAGACAUUCAGCACACCCAAGAGGCCGGCGGAGGGGGGGGGCGGCCUCCCCAGCCCCUCGGUGGAAGCUGGUUCACCGCCCCCCCUAGGGCCUCGGGCAGUGGGUUUGCUUGGUGAAGGUGGUCUUACUUUUUAAAAAUUCCCUCCUUGGCCUACAGAGUCAAGUGGAUCCGGCUCUGAUGUGCCCCCCUCCCCUUUGCCCCAAGUCUGCUCCUCACACCGUGGGAGACUCGGGGGGACUCUGCCCUCCCCCUUCCUGAACGCCGCUGCCCACCCAUGCCCACGCAGACAUGUACACGCCACUCAGCCUGCCCCGACCUCCCAGGGCUCGCGCUCCCUGCCCAGGCCGACGCUGCCCAGGCCCACCCUCCCGCAGAUGAGGAAGGAAGUUUCCAGGGACAGCCAGGAUGAGCCUUCCAGCUGCCCCCCACUCUAGGAUUUCAGGAUGGCCCCCACCUCCCCUUGUAGUGUAGAAGUUUCUCAGAUUCCUCUCUGACCUAUCAAACGCCAGCAACACUUAAUUCUCUUGGAACUGCAGGGCUGGGGUCUCGGGAGGGAAUUCCGUCCACGGGUUGGAAGCGACGUGUUUUGGUGAAGGAAGGUGCGUGGGAGAAGCUUGGGGAACAGUGGGGUGGACUGGGGAGGACAGGAAGGCCCGGGGCCCGCGGGCAGGCUCGGCCGGGAGACCCGCUGCUCGCCCGUGCUCAGCUCCCGGGCACCCGCGCUGGGAUGGAGACGCCCUGCGCUGAGUGCGGAUUCUCCUCGCGGUGGGACUCCGGGUUCCCCUCAGCCCCCCAGGGCCAGGCCUCCCCAGGCUCGCAUGGGUGCUGGCCUCUCCCAGCCCUCGCCGUCCCCCAGCUCAAAGUGCCUCAGUUCCUCCGUCUGCCCCCCCCCCGCCAGGCUCCCCACACUCUAACUGGGCAUGCCCAUCCCCUGGGCUGGACAGGCGGGCCCUGGGGCCUGCGCAUCCCCCAUCCCGGGCCGCUCAGCCCAGGGUGCCAAGCACUGUGGCAGGGAGAGUGUCGGGGGGAGAGGAGGCCGACCACCCUGUGCCCCACGGGCACCGGUCCGCCCUGCCAUAGGCUUCCUGAGGGAGCCGCCCAGCCCCCAGCCCGGUGCUGCCCCUGCCCGGUGCUGGCUGCUAUGGAAUGCCCCCUCGCCCCCCAAGCCACAAGUCCCAUCUCUUCCCUGGCACCCCUGGGCCCACCAGCCGGGCCACCCUGUUGGCCCUCACUGCCCUCGCCCAGCCCAGGCUGCCCAGUAGCCAUGUAGCAGAAGUCUGAAGCCAUGCAGCCCUGGGGCCACCCCCCCACCCACCCCUCCUGGCAUGGAGGUGCUGGAGGCGGCAGAAUGGGGAGAGAAAAUCCACGGCUCGUUAGCCACGGGGCAGAGGGAAGCGGGAGAGCGGGGCUGAUUUCCUCAGCAGUAUUAGUGUCCCCUCGGGCAAGGGUCCCUUCCCCUAUCAUCUCACUCCCCCCCCCAUGCCACCCCGGUCCCUCUGCUUCGUCUCCUUGUCCCCAGGAGGUGGGCCCAGAGGUCUGCCUGGUAGAGGCAGCCCCCACCCUGGGGGACCCCAGAUGGAAAGGACCUGUUCUCCUGUGUCC